AGAGGGUUUGAAGGACUACUUUUGCAAGUUUGGUGAAGUGAAAGAGAGUAUGGUGAUGAGAGAUCCAGUUACAAAACGCUCGAGGGGUUUCGGAUUUGUCACAUUUGUUGACCAAGCUGGUGUGGACAAAGUCCUGGCCCAGACCAGACAUGAGCUGGACUCCAAAACUAUCGACCCAAAAGUUGCCUUCCCUCGGCGAGCCCAGCCUAAGUUGGUCACUCGGACAAAGAAGAUCUUUGUUGGAGGUCUGUCAGUGAACACGACUAUUGAAGAUGUGAAGCAGUACUUUGACCAGUUUGGAAAGGUAGAUGAUGCCAUGCUCAUGUUUGACAAAACCACCAACCGUCACAGAGGGUUUGGCUUUGUGACCUUUGAGAACGAAGAUGUUGUGGAGAAAGUCUGUGAGAUCCACUUCCACGAAAUCAACAACAAAAUGGUGGAGUGUAAGAAGGCCCAGCCCAAGGAAGUGAUGUCACCAACGGGCUCUUCCAGAGGUCGGGCUCGUGUCAUGCCUUAUGGGAUGGACGCCUUCAUGCUGGGCAUAGGAAUGCUGGGGUAUCCAGGGUUCCAGGCAACAACAUAUGCCGGCCGCAGUUACACUAGUCUCACACCAGGAUACACAUAUCAGUUCCCCGCCAUUCCACUAACGGCUUACAACCCCAUGGCGGCAGCCGCAGCAGCAGCAGCUGUGGUCAGAGGCUCAACUCCUUCUCGCUCAGCGGGGUUUUUAGGUACCAGCAGCCCUGGGCCGAUGGCAGAUCUAUAUGGGACGGCCAAUCAGGAAUCGGCUGUGAGCAGCUACCUCAGUGCCGCGAGUCCUGCUCCCAGUACUGGAUUCAGCCACAGCCUCGGGGGUCCUCUGAUUGCUACAGCAUUUACUAAUGGCUACCAUUGAAACAAGUGACAGGUACAGCAGUAUAGUAUCAAUCGCCCGGACGUCUUCCCCACAUCUGAAGGAAAGAUUGAUGAAGAAUGAUUUGAAGUAAAAUGGUGAUCUCAAUCGAAUACAAUGGAUGCACUCAAUGUGCUGCAGGGUUUUAUUGUUAUUUUAUCAAGCUCUCAGUCUUUAAAGAGACAAAUCAGCCCUAAACUGACGAAACAAUGGCUGCAACACUAUUAAUAUGACAUGACGUUUAUUAUUUUUGGAAUUACUGUCAUAUCAGUCUUUAAACUAACCUCUUGCUCCACUAAACUAGAGCUAAACCUGUAAAUAACUAGUUUGUCUCUCAGUUUAAAACACUAACAAGUGUAUUUUUUGUCUUAGUUUUAUUUUAUCUCUUAUUUCUUGUCUUGUUGAUGACUUUAUGUAUAUGUAGGUUUGUAGUUUAAAAUUUUCGGUUUAAUAUUUUCAUAAGAGCAAUAAUCUGUGUCAAAUCUCUUUGUAGCAGAUUUGAAAAAAAAACUAAAAUCACUUUCAGAUGCGUUUGGUACAUUUUCUACUGAAGGAUAUAGUGUGUCAAAAUGUAUAUUUUGUUAGUUUCGCAACUGGAUUUAUUACACAGAUCAUGGAAAUAGUAGUAAUUAUAAGGAGAACAUAUUUCUCAGACUUAGAUUUGACUUUGAUUGUGUAAAAUAUUGUAAAUAAUGUCUUUUGGAUCUUAUGAGGUCUGUCGGCGUGAUAAGAGAGUUUUUUACACUCAAAAACGCAAGCGCAUGAUAUUCUUUGUCCAAAAAUUUGCUUUUGUUGGUUUUUUUUUUCAUCUUUUUGUUUUCUGAAUUUGAUGAACUUGAACUUUGUGUUUUAUUUUGUUCAGGUUUUUUUUUUUUUUUUGUGACAGAAAACAAUGUGAAUGAUGCUUCUAGUGUGUGUGUGGGUGUGGGAGUGUGUGUACGUGUGCAUGUGUUACUGUCAUGAUUUAAUGUAUUAUCUUCAGUAAGAUGAUUUGAAAUGUGAAUUGAAGCCCCUUUAUGUCCAUGCGGUUGCAUUGCUUUUACCAAGUGUUUAUCCAUAACACAGUUCAAUUAAUCUAUUUUAGAGGUUCUUAUAACAAUUGGAAUAUGAAUAUACUUCAAUUAACUGAAGAUCUGGUACUGGUAAAAUAAUAAUAAUAGCAACACUAAUAUAACACUUUUUAUGAAGUAAACUGGAUGGCUGUUAUUAUUGGAAAGUUUUCAUGUUUCUUGUUUGAAGCUGGACCCUCUCUGAAAAAAAAA